CAGCUUUUCAGGCAGCAGAUACAUUGUGGCUUCCCUUGGGCCUGGAGAGCCGGCUUGAAGCUUUUCACAGUUGACUCAAAGAUGAUCAUUUUCCCUCUGGAUGUUAAGUUGAAGUUUCAGGACUUUUGUGGUGCCCGUGUGGAGAACUGAAGCUGAUGACCUGACGAAGGACUUGGAAAAUCUCUCAGAUUUUCUGCACAUUGAGUGUCUGCGCAUUGUCUGAAUCUGUCGAGAACCAAAUUCGACGCGAGAGCCUUGGCCGGACAGGACCAGAGAGUUUAAUUCGUCACCAUUACAGGCUGUGAAGACCAAGUGACUUCCUGACCCCACUGGUCUGUAGUGGUCCCACCAUGGGGAAGACUGGGAAGAGUACAGUGGAUUUAAACUCCCCGACGGAGGUCAAACAAGCGGUUCCCUUUGAGGAACUGGAUCCUGUGGCGCCCCCUGCAGAUGAAAAGAAAAAAGAAGAGCCACCCGACAGGGGGAGCUGGAAGGGAAAGUUUGAUUUCCUGCUGUCAUGUGUGGGAUACGCCAUUGGCCUAGGAAAUGUCUGGAGGUUCCCUUAUCUGUGUGGCAAGAAUGGUGGAGGGGCCUUUCUGAUCCCGUACUUUCUGACCCUGGUGUUUGCUGGGAUACCUCUCUUCCUUCUGGAGACGUCCCUGGGACAGUUCACCUCAGUGGGAGGGUUGGGGGUGUGGAAGCUCUUGCCCAUGAUGAAAGGUGUUGGUUUAGCUGCAGUGGUCCUGUCCUUCUGGCUCAACAUCUACUAUAUUAUCAUCAUUGCCUGGGCACUCUACUACUUAUUCAACUCCUUUGGUUCGGAGCUGCCUUGGCAAAGCUGUGAUAACCCCUGGAACACAGAGAAAUGUUUUUGCAACUACAGCCUGACAGACACCACCAACCUGACCAGUGCUGUCACCGAGUUCUGGGAGCGUAACAUGCACCAGCUGUCUAGCGGUCUGGAGGAGCCAGGGGAGCUUCGCUGGCCCUUAGUGGGCACUCUGGCACUGGCCUGGGUCCUUGUCUAUUUCUCAAUCUGGAAAGGAGUGGAGUGGACGGGGAAGGUGGUGUAUUUCUCAGCCACGUAUCCCUACUUCAUGCUGUUCAUCCUGUUCUUUCGUGGGGUCACUCUGCCUGGAGCCAUUGAUGGGAUCCGCUUCUAUAUCACUCCAGACUUCAAUAAGCUCAUCCGGUCUGAGGUGUGGCUGGAUGCGGCGACUCAAAUCUUCUUUUCUUACGGACUGGGCCUGGGCUCGCUCAUCGCGCUGGGAAGCUACAACAAUUUCAACAAUGAUGUGUACAAGGACUCCAUCAUAGUGUGCUGCAUCAACUCCUGCACCAGCAUGUUUGCUGGCUUUGUCAUCUUUUCCAUUGUAGGCUUUAUGUCCCAUAUCACUAAGAGACCUGUCCAGGAAUUAGCAGCAUCAGGUCCAGGUCUGGCGUUUUUAGCUUAUCCUCAGGCUGUCACUCAGCUACCCAUGUCCUCUCUGUGGGCCAUCCUCUUCUUCUCCAUGCUCAUGAUGCUGGGCCUGGACAGUCAGUUCUGCACAGUGGAAGGCUUCAUCACAGCUCUGAUGGAUGAAUAUCCCCUGCUGCUGAGGAAGAGAAAGAAGAUCUUCAUCCUCAUUGUCUGCUUCAUCUCCUUCAUUAUCGGCUUCUCCAACAUCACACAGGGUGGUCUGUACGUGUUCAAGUUGUUUGAUUACUACUCCGCCAGUGGGAUGUGCCUGCUCUUCCUCGUCUUCUUUGAAACCGUUUCCAUAUCCUGGUUUUAUGGAGCUGAGAGGUUUUACAAGAACAUUGAGGAAAUGAUCGGGUAUAGGCCAUGUGGCUGGUGGAAGCUCUGUUGGAAGUUCUUCACUCCGUUGAUCUGCCUGGGGGUGUUUACCUUCAGUGCCAUCGAGAUGACCCCUCUGACCUUGGGGAAGUAUGUGUACCCGCUUUGGGGCCAAGUGAUUGGCUGGUUCAUGGCCUUGUCUUCCAUGUUACUGAUCCCAGGCUAUGUCAUCUACAUGUUCUGCACCAGCAAAGGCAGCAUCAAACAGCGUUGGCGGAAGAUGACAACUGCCCUGGAGGAUGAAAAGCCAUCGGGGCAUGAAGAAUUUACACACACAGGGAGCGUGGGCGAAGCUCCUGUCUAGCCAGGAUUGUUCAGGUCGAGAUAUCUGCCAUUUUCCUCCGUCUGCCAGGACUUAACUGUAGUCAACAUCGAAAUUUGACAAGUGGGCAGAUGGAGUCUUGUACAGUACUUUACGAUUAUGUUUUCCUCCAUCUUAAAUUGUGCUGUUACAUCAGGUGAAUAAAGGAAGAAGAUGAGGGGGCACUUUUGAAAUUUAGAGGAUAGAAGAUUUCCUUUUGCAGUAAAAGUGUGAGCUCUGAUAGCAAACUGAAUGCUAUAGCUCAGCAUUGAACCUGUGUACAUAUACCACAAAUAUACCAUUUAAUGUUGUAAUUUUCUCUGCUACUCAACAAAAUCAGCGUCUUUGAUUAUAAGCCCACAAAUGUUGUUGUACAGAAGCAUUAAAAAACUGUGAUGCAUCAAAAAUUAUUUGUGGUAAUAUAAGUGGUAGCUUAAAGAACCUGUAGGCCCUACAGUUAUAUUUGCUGCCUUUGUUGAUCCAGGUCGACAAAAAUCAAAACAAAAAGAAAACAUUUGUAUCUAUUAAUGUGAUGAAGUUGUACAUCAUAGACAAUUACUCAAAUAACACAGCUUUGAGAUAAGUUUUAAAUGAUGUUGUAUAAUCUUAAAUAUUAGCCAUUCAUGGCAGAUUGUUUGAUUAAAAUCUUAGAAAACUGUAAAUAUAAUUCUGCCACUAUAUUAAGUAUGUUGUGUUGUGUGUAUUUUUUUUAAAGGGUUGUUUCCUACUGUGGAUUACGACAGAGUGCCAUAAAAAGGCUCUGUUUUGUCAGUUUGGGGACUACAUCAAAUGAAAUGAGUAUGAAUGAUUUGCCUCGUAUUUACUCCACUUUUUCAUGUCAUUAAAAACAAAAUAAACUGCUCCCGGUAA